UGUUGAUAAAUCUUUACAUUUAUUUACUUUAACUUCAGAGUAAUUGCAAAGACGUGUUGAAGAUGUUGUUGUUGGUGUUAGUGGCUCUGCUGGUCUGGUUCCUCUACCUGGGCUCCCGCAAACCUCGAGGCUUCCCACCAGGUCCGGUGCGGCUACCUUUGGUUGGGUAUCUACCUAACAUGAAGAGUGAGCAUAUCUACAAGCAACUCUGGCAGAUGUCGUCCACUUACGGUAACAUCAUUGGUCUCUACUUCGGCUCACAAGCGACCAUCAUCGUCAACGGCUGGGAGGCGGUUAAGGAGUCAAUCCUCAACGAUGACCUUGAUGGACGACCUGAAAAUAUAUUUUCCAAUAUUUUCUUUAAUGACAAACAAAGAGGAGUAAUGUUUGUGGAGAAUGACUUUUGGAAGGAACAGAGGCGGUUCACACUGCACAAGUUUCGUGAUCUGGGGUUCGGUAAGCGUUCCCAUGAGGAAGUUAUCCAAGAGGAAGCCAGCGAACUUAUCAAGGAGAUCAAGGAGACCAAAGGCAGCAUCUCACUCCAGGGCAUGGUAGGUGUAUCAGCCAUCAACAUCCUGUGGGCGCUGAUGGGAGGCACCAGGUUCAGCAGGAAGGACGGAAGACUUCUUCACCUCGUCAAUAUACUCAACGAGUUGUUUCGUUCCGGAAAUGUUGGUUUACACGGAUGCCACACAGACAGAGGUAUUCCGCUAUAGAGGCUCAGCGCCAUUAACUGUACCUCACAAAGCUCUCAGAGAUACCAAGCUGCAGGGCUUCAGGAUCCCAGCCGGGACGGUAGUAAUGAACAACUUGUACAGCGUCCAUAUGGACCCAGGCUACUGGGGUGACCCGGAAACCUUCCGCCCAGAGCGUUUCAUCAACCCUGAUGGUUCAUUUCGUAAGGACGAGCGUGUCAUUCCCUUCGGCAAAGGUCGACGAUCCUGUUUAGGAGAAUCUCUGGCCAGGAUGACAACGUUUUUGCUGUUCUCUUCUCUCAUGCAACACUUCACCUUCAGUCUGGACCCCGCUAUUCCUGUCACCAACACAGACGGCAAGAUGGGCUUCACGCUCGCCCCUCCAGAUUUCAGAGUUUUUGCCAAAGCUAGGCUCUAGUGUUAACAUUCAAGCCUCAGGAACUUAAAGUCCCUCAUGAAGCAGCAUUUUGUAGUGAACACAGCCGUCAGAAAAUGAGGAAACACAACAGAAAUUAUCCUUGUUAUAAUUAAAUGCCCAUAGCAGAAGCAAUAGAAAGCAUGUGCAAAAAAAAAAAAAUUGCAGCCAACAGAAUUCGAACCCACGUCGGCAGCCCUCAAUGAGUUUAACUAGCCCCCAUCUUGACGU